AUGUCAGCCGAACAGUCAAAUCGACUUCAAUUGCCGGGGUAUAACCUACCCCUUAAUUAUAGACCGGAUGUUAGUAUCACCACCUCACCCUGUAUCAUCAAGAUAUGCAUGUUAGAGUAUAACUCACGUGUUUCUGUUUAUAGGGUGGCCAGCCUCUUAGGCGUACGCUCUUUCCAAAUGCCUUGGAUUAUGGCGACAUUGAGGGUGGCUGGGUUGAGUAAGACUUCUCACUGUAUCCUGUGCCACGGGCAAAAUUUACUGACACACGUUAGCCGUAUCAAUGUCCACAGGGAGAUAUUGAUGAUGCGUGUAAUGAACACUAUCACCGACAAGCCGGACUGGGAUAAGAAGGUCUUCGAUGAAGCCAUUACUUCCAAGUGGCGGGAAGAGAUCGCCCAGAGCGGCCAGGAUGUAACUCCCAAAAUGAUGGAUUAUAUCCUCAAAGAGCUGCAGUGGAAAACGAAGGAUUUCCAGAAAACGGGCUUUCUCAGCGUAUAUGACGCUGGUGUGGUGAAAUCCGACACUGCCAUUCCCGAGGAUUUGAAACAGGCCUUGAAAAAUUCAGUGGCCCCUUUCGAACAGGUUCCAGAGGACCAGAAAGACUAUCACCCUGGGUCAGAUAUGAAGGUGGUUGAUUUGGUGCACCCCUCUCUCUUCCCUGUUGUUUAUGGCCGAACGCGGAUUCUUCCGGAUAGAGUAAUCAAUCUUGAUGACUGUCUUGGGAGCGUAGGGCAAGGAGACUUGCUUCCAGUUCCCCCAGAAGGAGAAGCCCAGAUUGAGGGGUAUGAAGGGAGUGCAUACGGUUGGCGGAGGUGGGAAAGGGAAGCCCUGAUGCCGUUCAGCCGAAAGUUUCAAUGGCUUCCCUGCGAUGUGAAAUUAACUGGUCAGGAUGGUGAAUGUCGCAUUGAUUCAUACAUCAAUAAUGUCCACCAUUCGGAGCAUCGGGAUCUCUACCAAGCAGUAGAGAAGAUCAUCGCACAGACAAUUCCUCUUUGGGACAAGAGUUUGACUCACGUGCAGGAACGACGGCAUGCACGUAUAGUCUAUGAUAGCGUUGACUAUCACCCAACUUCGACAAAGGAGCCAGCUUAUGACGAUUAUAGUGAUGACGAAGAAUUUGACCGGAAGUAUCAGGAGUGGCAACGCUCACAAGAAAUAAUACUCCCCGAACCAGGGGAGUUCACACCUCCUGAAAUAACCGAGAAGAUCAAUCUACGGGAGCAGUUCCACGAAUCAGGGCUGCAGAUCAUCGUGAAGUUGGCUAACAUUGAAUUGACCCCGGAGAAGCCGGAGUACGAAGGCGGCACCUGGCAUGUUGAAGGACAACUAUGA